AUGUCGACUCCACUUGCCAGCGAUCUCUUGCUCCCUGAACUUGAACGACAACUCAAGGAAGAACCCCACCUUAUCCCAGCUGUUAAGGGUCUCUUUAUUGUCACUGUCACCAAGAAGAAAAAGGCAGCUGCUGUUUGGUACAUUCUUUUGCAAGGCAAGGAUACGAUGCCUGUCAUCACCAACGACCAAGAAAAGGCCAAGGACGCUGCCAAGACCAAGGUUAGAACCGUCAAGAUUCAAGUCGAGGACACUGAUCUCGUCAACUUUAUCACUGGAGGCAUGACUGGCGUAAAAGCCUAUAUGACAGGCAAGAUCAAGGUUCGUGGUGAUCUCAUCCUCGCACAAAAGCUCGAAGACAUCUUUGAGAAGGCUGGAGGACGUGAUCGCGCCAUCGCCUUCAUCAAGCAAAAUGAACAGCUAAGAGCAUUGACUGUGAAAUCCAAGUUGUAA